GGCAGUUUUCAGGCCGGAACAUGCCUACCCAUGUUAGACGCUCAACCCAUCAGCUCGGCACUGGCACCAAAGGCUUCCCAAGGCCAUGCGGUAUGGGCCUGCUUUGCGGGAGCAGGAGAGAAGGGGUGUUAUAAGUAUUAGGCCGCCAGUUUCGUAGUGUCACACCCAACUCAAUCCCCUUUCUUCUCCCGUACUUUUCCCUGGAUGUUGUAAAAGGACAACGAAAGGGAGUUCCAGCGAAGAGCAUCGUGUCCGCUCCAAGAUGCAUCUGAAAGCAACCCUUGCCUCAGCGGCGGCGCAGCUUGCUGCGGCCCAAGAGCUCAUGCGGUUCGGCUGCUCGCAGCUGACCAUUGACAGAAUCGACCCGUUAGUCAACCCGGGCAGCCUGCCGUCGCCGCACAUGCACCAGCUCAUCGGGGGCAACGCGCUCAACGUGUCCAUGACGCCCGGCCAGCUCGACCCGCCGGCGGCGUCGACGUGCACCAGCUGCACCUACUCGGAGGACUUCUCUAACUACUGGACGGCCAAUGUGUACUUCAAGGCCCACAACGGCACCUACAAGAUGGUGCCCCUGUUUGCGAACCUGGGCCUCAACGUCAAGGGUGGCAUGACGGUGUAUUACAUCCGAGGAUACCAGGCCAGCGCCCGGGUCACUGCUUUCAAGCCGGGCUUCCGCAUGCUCGUCGGCGACCCCAACAACCGCGACGCCAACAAGGUCCCGCCGCAGCUGUGCUUCCGCUGCGAGCACAACAUGGAGCAGAAUCCCUUUGGCGGCGCGCCCUGCACGGGGUCCGACACUAAGCACUUCCCCAAGACGACGUGCGGCGGCGGGUGGCGCGUGACCGUCACCUUCCCGUCGUGCUGGGACGGCAAGAACACGGACAGCCCAGACCACAAGAGCCACGUGGCGUACCCGGCCAGCGGCACCUUCGAGAGCGGCGGCGCCUGCCCGGCCAGCCACCCAGUCAAGAUCCCGCAGGUCAUGUACGAGGUCAUGUACGACACGCGCGCCUUCAACAACAAGGCCGACUGGCCCGCCGACGGGUCGCAGCCCUUCUACUGGAGCCACGGCGACAAUACCGGCUAUGGCAUCCACGGCGACUACGUCUUUGGCUGGAAGGGCGACGCCCUGCAGCGCGCCAUGGACUCGAAGUGCGCCGGCGACCGGUGUGCCGCGCUCAAGAGGCAGACGGAUGCCGAGGCUAUUGCCUGUACCAAGAAGCAAGCGGCGCGCGAGGACAUUGGGGCGAAUGCUUGGCUUUCUGCCAUGCCUGGACAAGGCAGCCCUGUGUAA